UAAGAAAAAAGAAAUAUAUAAGUUUUGUGGUCGGCAGCCUGAGUUCUCUCUUUUUGGUCGCUCUUUUGGUUUUGUGUGAGUUGCCUGCAAAUGGGGAUUUUUUGGGUGUUUGACAGGGAGUCGCCGACGAUGCUCCGAAGAAGGUUUCGUAGCAAUGACGACCUUUUCUGGCACUAUCGUUUACACAGAAAACUUAGGGCCCGCCUCCUCACGUAUAUAUAUAAUGAAACAAAUAAGGCCGAUAGUUUUUUUUUUUUGGAGAGCGCGUAUCUUUACAGGGAGAUGCACAGCUUCAUAUUAACCAAGCAAUACUUUCUCCAGGACAUAUUGUUAGCCGGAAAGGAUGCAGAAAAGCUUAGAAAAAAUUUUAUUUUAAAGGAGCCUCCGGGGCCGCUGCACCCCACCACAUCUCAUGUCGGCGAUACAUUCAUGCAGGCCCUACAAUACUUUUAUGGACAUUCGUUAUUGGACAUUGGCGAUGCUAGAAGACGUAACACGAAUUUUAAAGAGAAACUCAAAGAUGGAGUGGACCUCGAUGUAGCGAGGGAGUAUUUUAGAGUAUUUAAGAUGCGACUGGACACCAAUAUCAAAUUAGUAAAUAUCACAUUAAUAGACGGCCCUUUUCAGUUUAUUAAGAUGGUUAAAGAGAAGAAUGAGGAAAAAAUAAAGCUUUAAAGUUAAAAAUAAUGCCUGAA